AUGUAUAUUAUUGAUCGCCAAUUCGCCUCGCCCGAAUUCAAAAUAUUGGCUAAACAACUUUUUACCAUGCUUGAUACCUUGAUACCCAUUUCUUAUCAUUAUCCUACCACCACUUCCACCCCAUGCAACACAUAUUAUCCUAUUAAUCCCACUACACAUAUAUUGUCAAUAACCUACGAUGACCGCAAAAUCUUACUCAUAUUCCUCUUCAGAUACUAUAAGAACCAUCUUCAUCCUCAUUUUACAUCACCUUCCCCAGUCGCGAUCCUACAAAAAAAUAUACUUAAUCCUAUUCCUACUAACCUAAUAUCAUCCAAUCCUAUUCCAAAUCAAAAUUCCCCAGUUUGUUUUCCGGAAACUUAUCCGAUCCAACUAUUAAAUAAUGAUAAAAAUGAUGACCAUUUACCAUUACUCCCUCCCCCUACUAAAUACGCCGCAAAUCUUAUAGAAAAUAAUUCCUCUAAAUUUUUUUUUGAAAAAACUUCAAUAGAAAGUCUUUCGACAAAUCAGUUUGCUACCUCAGUAACACCUCUUCGUAAUUCCUCAAGUUCUAGUCAAGCAGGUCUAACAAAGACUGAUAAUCGGCAUUGCGAUCCUCUUAACUGCAUGUUUUCUCGUUUUGAAAAUGAAGAAGUUUUCAAAUCCCAUUCCUUGACUGAUAAACAGGUUGUUUACAUCGGUCAUCGUAACAAACCUUUGGAAGAACGCAAAAUAAGAUUUCUCCGUGAUUGUCAAGAAGGCUUCAUAGAAAUUUCGUUUUUGAGUACCGGUUAUUGUCUGCCUUUAAUUUUAUGCUCCAACCAAAACAACUGCACGGGUCAACCUCAUUCCGUUUCCGACCAAAAUUUGCUCAUAGACAGGGAAAACAACAAAGUUCACCUAAAAUCACGGCUAAUUUUAGACGGCUUGCUCGUUCUCUGGAAAGGUUGGAUAAAUUUGCAAACUUUGGAAGGCUUGGGACGAUUAGAAUUGAUCGACGAACCCGUUCAAAAUGUUCCUUUUACCUCUCAAGAUUUUAGUCCGUCCAGGUCACCAAAUUCAGACCCCUCUCACCCUCCAUAUUCUUCUUUGCUUUACACGGCGCUCACAACUACGUUCCAGACGUCGCGUUCCGACCCCUCUAAUCCUCGCACCGUUUAUUCACAAUCAUCGCAACAAAGUGCAAUCUCCCGUGAUUUAGGAUUCGACAAUUCGAACGUAUUAUUAAAACCUUCGGGCGAUGAAAAUGAUGACGAUAUAGAUUUGCAAUCUUCCAGUUCUAGGAUGUUGCACAAAUCUCUUACACCUAAGAUAGGAUUAUCCAAUCAAUCGGCUGCUAAAAAUUUACACGACAUAUGCGAUUCUCUCUUGUCCUUCAAACGCUCUUCAACGUCAUCGGAAGUUCUUACACAAAAACAGUUACCCGAUCAAGUAGCACCUAAAUCUGAUCCUUACCUACCUCGCUUCCCUUACAGUGCUUCCUUUUUCGAGGAUUACUAUUUACAUUUUCACAAUUACUACAAAUCGAAACUCGCAUCUUAUGUUAAUAGCACGGUUGGCCCAAGUUUUGGUUCAGAAUUAAAUCAUUCAAAUUAUGCCACUAGCUCUCCUGAUUAUACAGCACCUUACACAACAAUUUCAGAUUUACAAACGACCAGCAAUCGCAAACAAUCUAGCUGUGAUGAAGAAACUCAAAGAGACUUUUCCAUCAUCUCUUCUCCGCUCUCUAGAAAGAGCAGUAUCGGGAAACGUAAAAGACUACGGAAAUACAACCAUUCUACCUUUAAUAAAGACCUUGACUCUGAGAAUAAUUCAUUUUCGGCUAAUUCAUCUUCUCCAUCUUCCCACAAUCAAAUUUGCGAAUACCUUCAUGAUAAUUCCUAUAAAAUCUAUAAUACCCCUUGUAAAAGAGCGUUGAGCCUUAGCAAUAACGUAGAAACAUCACCAUCCGUUAUUGACUGUGACACAACCUUUUCCCCUAUGAUGCCCACUCCCUUAGAAGCAAAUCAGGAAAACUAA